AUGAAUUGUGAUUUAAUAUGUACCUUGCUUUAUGUAUUGUGGUUUUGUCGUGCAGGUAUCCAUGGGGUCUGCGCCUUCGUGACGCCCGCUCUUGUACACGACCAGUUUACCUGUUCGGAUCCGCCUGAGAAAGGACCGUGCAACGAAUCCUACACUCACUACUACUUCAACACUCAGAACAAGACCUGCCAGGAAUUCAUCUAUGGAGGCUGCGAGGGCAAUGUGAAUAACUACGAGACAAUUGAAGAGUGCAGAGUCAGUUGCGAGCUACGCCCGAGGCCCAUCUGUUACCUUCCAAAGAAGCGAGGUGCGUGUUCCAGUCGUUUCCCUCGCUACUUCUACAACGCCACUAGUGAAACGUGCGAGCAGUUCUUCUACAGCGGCUGCAAGGGCAACGCAAACAACUUCCGCGAGAUUGAAGAAUGCCUGCGCAUCUGCUCAAAGGAUGUGGAAGCAUGAACGAGGAAGCACUCAAGCCAGGCAUCGGGAAAAUGUGAAUGUCAUCAUCUGUUAAUACCGACGUCCGUUGCGUCACUGGGCUAUCUACUUCGACGAUAACUAACCAAAACACAAAGCUUAUAAAAAAACUAAAGCUUUUGCGACAGCGUUUUAGCGUAUAUUACUGUUGAAUUAUAUAGAUUCUUUUUUUUUGGAGUUUCAAUAAAAAAUUGGGCUUCCAUAACGAUUCCUAGCGGCGUCGCUUAGCAGGAUCACAAAAUAAACAGUGUCAACUUUGUCUGC